UAGGCUACUUAAAUAGGCCUACACGUAAUGUUAGAAAAUAAACCAGAAAACUGUCUGUAUCGUCUCCAAAGACACACUCUCAUAACAUUGUAAUAUGCUAUGGUUUAUUUAUAUUUAAAAGACAAAUAUUAAAAAAAACAUUUGUACACUACAGUUCCCAAAGUAAUAAAGAAAAAAGAAACAUAAAUAAUCCUACAAAGUAUAAUUUAGAAAAUAAUAAGAAAUAAUUCACCAAUUAGUUGUUGGCUACUUAUUUGAGUAUUCAAUAAGGAUUCUAGUGCUAUAGAAAGCGGUUUGUUUUUCACCUUAAAGUUAGAAUAGGUUCUCUGUCUUCGUCUUUCAUUGGUGUUUGCUUCUUUAUAGUUAAAUAUAGUUAUUAAAUAGUUAUGCAUAGGCUACAGGGCUUGUUUAACACCUGAUUAUAGCAAAUGGCUUAUUUUGAUAGUUAAAAUACAAUUAAUGAAAACUAAUAGUAAUUAAAUUAAGAACUUCAUCUUUUGUUUUUUACCUUUCUGAUGUGUUUUCUGUAAUAAUCGGUUGCCUUUUAUAAUAUAAUAUUAAAACCCUGGAGGUAGUAAUGCUGAUGUGUUACCGACAGAGGGAGACACACUCCAACACUGUUGGAAACCGGAAGUAAACACUUUUCGUCAGUACCGGUUUAGUGUUUUGCUGAAAUCUUAUCGUGAAGCAACAAUCCCGACAUGUUCAAGUGGCCGAGACCUUUUAAAUGAAUGCAAACAUCUAAUUUGGAGUAAAUUGAGGCUGGGCUGAAACGUACUGCGCUUCAUAAACGGCGGUCACCUGACCGCGGGUCAGCUGACCUCAAAGUCCGCCUGGUUCCUCUCUGCAGCAGACCCGACCAUGAAGAAGAACAAGGCCAAGGCGAGCGGGGCGGUGGAGCGGGACCUUGUGUUUGGGUUCAAGGCGGGCCAGCACCAGUGUGAGCUGAAGGUUCCUCUCCAGUUCCCCGUGAAGGACAACGUCAGCGACCUGCAUGGCCGCCUGAUGCUGCUGCACAAGAUCCCCUGCUUCGUGGAGGACGAGCUCAGGAGUUCGCUGUCGUCCUUCGUGGAGACAAACAGCAUCCGGGACUACGACCGGGAGGCAGAGCUAGCCCUGAGUCGACUGAGCUCCGGGGACACUGACAUCAACGGCCUCACCAGCGCCUGGGCCAAGGCCUACGCCGAGACGUCCCUGGAGCACGCGCGCCCCGAGGAGGCCAGCUGGGACGAGGACUUUGCGGAGGUGUACCACGAGCUGAUCCACUCGCCCGCCUCGGAGACGCUGCUCAACCUGGAGCACAACUACUGCCUCAGCAUCGCCGAGCUCAUCGGGGAGAGGGACAUGGAGCUGAAGCAGCUGCAGGAGAGACAGGCCUCAGAGAUGACUAGUGUGAUGCAGGAGCUGGGAAACACUCUGAGCGACCAGGACGUCAACACCGUCGCCUCGCAGCACUUUGAAGCUCGGCAGGUGCUGGAGAACCGCUGGGCCAGCGAGCUGAAGCACAUGUCAGAGAUCCAGAAGAAGGAGUACCAGGAGUGGGUCAUCAAGCUGCACCGCGACCUGCAGAGGGCCUCCAACAGCAGCAAGAUCAAUGAGGAGAUCAUGAUGCAGCCCAGCCAGAUGGAGGACUCUGAGGCCGGGGCGCGUCUGUACGAAGAGCAGCCUCUUCUGGAGGAGAGCUUCACCAUCCACCUAGGAGCCCAGCUGAAGACGAUGCACAACCUCCGUCUUCUGCGCGCUGACGUCCUGGACUUCUGUAAGCACGGGCGCCACGGCCGGGGCGGGGCCAAGCUGCGGCGGCUGCAGACGGCGCUGUCGCUGUACUCCUCCUCGCUGUGCGGCCUGGUGCUGCUGGUCGACAACAGGGUCAACUCCUACAGCGGCAUCAAGAGAGACUUCGCCACGGUGGCGGUGGAGUGCACAGACUUCCACUUCCCUCGGGUGGAGGAGCAGCUGGAGGUGGUGCAGCAGGUGGCGCUGUACGCCCGCGCCCAGCGCAGCAGCAAGCAGAGGGAAAACCCAGGUGGAAACACCACCGCUAAGGUCAAGAGGAACGGCGCCGAGGACAAGAACAAACAUCUGGAGCGGAACCCGUCCAACAUCGUACCAGGUGAGUUCUACAUCUCCCGCCACUCCAACCUGUCGGAGGUGCACGUGGUGUUCCACCUGUGUGUGGACGACCACGUGCGCCUGGGCAACAUCACGGCCCGGGACCCCGCCAUCAUGGGCCUGAGGAACCUUCUGAAGGUCUGCUGCACCCACGACAUCACCACCAUCACCAUCCCCCUGCUGCUGGCCCACAGCAUGUCAGAGGAGAUGACCAUCCCAUGGUGUCUGAAGAGAGCCGAGUUGGUCUUCAAGUGUGUCAAAGGCUUCAUGAUGGAGAUGGUCUCGUGGGACGGUGGGAUCUCCCGCACCGUCCAGUUCCUGGUGCCCCAGACCAUCUCUGAUGAGAUGUUCUACCAGCUCAGCAACAUGCUGCCUCAGAUCUUCAGAGUGUCCUCCCCCCUGACGCUCACCUCCAAGCACUGAGGAACCAACAAUCCCCGGAGGAACCACCACCCAACACCACCUCUGGAGGAACCACCACCCAGCACCAGCUCUAGAGGAACCACCACCCAACACCACCUCUGGAGGAAUCACCACCCAGCACCACCUCUAGAGGAACCACCACCCAACACCACCUCUGGAGGAAUCACCACCCAACGCCACCUAUAGAGGAACCAAAACCCAACACCACCUCGAGAGGAACCAACACCACCUCUAGAGGAACCAACACCCAACACCACCUCUGGAGGAACCACCACCCAACACCACCUCUAGAGGAACCAACGCCACCUCUAGAGGAAUCACCACCCCUAGAGGAACCUCCACCCAACACCACCUCGAGAGGAACCAUAAUCCUGGUGGAACCACCACCCAACACCACACACGGCCUUGCGUGCGCUAAAGGUCUUAUUCUAUCUCUAGUCCAGACUUCACAGGUCUGGCUCCUGGCACUCGGUGGUCAAUCAAAAUGUGGGACGUGCCCCGGAGAGGAACCGACCAGUCAUCCAGCACCGCCGGGGGAACAAGAUCCGCCCCUCUGGGGACCAAUUAGCACAGAGAACCAGACUCUCGCCACCGGGGGGAUAUCAGCGGUCAGCGAGGCGUGGAGGAGGGGGAGAGAUCUGUGUGGAUUGUCAGUGUCAGUCCUGAUGUUUCAGUGGUCAGAGAGAAGGGGGGGAUCUGUGUGGAUCGUCAGAAUCAGUCCUGAUGUUUCAGUGGUCAGAGAGGAGGGGGAGGUUCUGUGUGGGGCUCCAGAGCCUGUCCUGAUGUUUCAGGACCUACAAAAAAAAAACAGUAAAUGCAAUUACAAUUAUUUAAAAACAUAUGAGACGGAAUGUUUCCCGAACAGUUUUCAUGACAGUGGUGACUCAUUAUCUCUGAUAAACAUUCAUAGAUUGUAUGUAAGCUGCCCAUGGCACAAGGCUUGUGUGUGAUGUGUUUUCUCUUGCAUCAUUUUUAAUUCAAAGGUAUUUAAUGUGAUUGUGACAUCUUCUGUGAACUUGACAUGUGUUGUGUUUGUUGGAGCGUUAACCAAUCCAAUCCUAAUCCAAUGUUGUUAUGCUCCUGGAACAGACGUGUUCGUUAAUAUCUGGUCCAGAACUGUGAAUUCUCUGAUCAGGGUUUGAGAACACAUCUCCUCUGUCCCGCUCAUAAACUCGCCCCCCUGCAGUGUUUUGAAUAAAUUUGUCGCUUGGAUUGCC